AUGAUGGCGGCGGCUGUUGAGAGAGGAGGCGCCCGGGCCGCUUUCCUGAGCCCGAGCAGCGGUACGGGUUGCAUACCGGCGCCGACGACGCUUCCUGCCGGAGCCCUCGCCGGUGCUGUUGUCCUCGGCUCGGGCUCCGGCGGCAUGCCUGUCCCCAUGAACCUCUUUGCAACCUGGGAGAUUGACCGAUCAUCCCCCAACUGCGUGCCGAGGCUCUGCAGCCUCACUUUGAAAAAACUAGUUGUGCUGAAAGAAUUGGACAAAGAACUGAAUUCGCUUUCUAUUGCUGUCAAAAUACAGGGUUCAAAGCGUCUUCUGCGAUCCAACGAGUAUGUCCUCCCACCCAGUGGUCUAAUGGAGACUGAUCUGGAACUCACAUUCUCACUACAGUACCCCCAUUUUUUGAAGAGGGAUGCCAACAGACUACAGAUCAUGCUGCAAAGGAGGAAACGCUACAAGAAUCGAACCAUCCUGGGCUACAAGACUUUGGCUGUGGGAGUUAUCAAUAUGGCAGAGGUGAUGCAACACCCGACAGACGGGGGCCAGAUUCUCGGUCUCCAUAGCAACGUAAAAGAAGCUCCGGUACGUGUGGCGGAGAUCAGUGUGUACUCGCUUUCUAGCCAGCCCAUUGACCACGAGGACGGCAGUGGACAGACUGGCAGAAAGACUAAAACCUCAGAUCGCUCUCCAGACAUGGACAAUUAUUCUGAGGAGGAUGAUGACAGUUAUUCGUCGGAGCAAGAAGCUAGUGAUGAUGCAGCUCAUGGCCAGGAUAUUUAUGAUGAAGAUGAUGAGCUUCGCAAGCCCAAAAAAGCCCGGAGGAAAAUGAUUCGGACCACCUCCAUGACGAGGCAACCGAACUUCAAGCAGAAAUUUGUGGCCUUGUUGAAGAGGUUCAAGGUAACCGAUGAGGUCCUAGACUCUGACCCAGUAGACCAGACUCAGGAAGUAGAGGAGGAUCUGGACUUACUCUACGACAGUCUAGAAGUGUACAACCAGAGUGACAGCGGGCCGGAGAUGGAGGACAAUGAAAGUGUCUUGAGCACACCUAAGCCUAAACUCAAGCCUUUUUUCGAGGGGAUGUCUCAUUCCAGCUCUCAGACAGAGAUCGGAAGCAUACACAGCCAAAAAAGUCAACAGAGGGAGUUGAUAUACGCGAGUGGAGACUUUCUUACAGUGGACAGAUGUAAAGUUCAAGGCGCCCGCUAUCAAGAGGAAAGCGCCGCAGACAUAACCAUAGGGGAGCCAGAAAACGAUGACAGUGGGCCAGGGCCAGUGGAGGUGAGCAGCUGGGACGUCAACACUGAACGGAUGGCGAGCACUGUUGGCAAGCUUAGCAAGACGGAGUCCCAAAACCACAUGUCUCCAAGUAAAAUGGAGAACAAGCUGCAAAGGCGUCCACGCAGCACCUCCAUGAAAGAUAGACAGAAUUCCAAGGCUCAAAGUGAUCGAACCAGCAGUAUAGACAGCGAGUGCUCCCCAGAGUCGAGACUCAUAGCACAGGUUCCCAGGAAGUCGGUGUAUGACCAGUUGAACCAGAUCCUUAUCUCUGACGAACGCUUGCCAGAGAGCAUCAUUCUCAUUAACACCAUGGAGUGGCAAGGACAGUAUGUUGCAGAGUUGCUCCACGAACAGGCCCAGCCCAUUGUGUCCACCUGCUCAGCCGCAGAUGUCCAGGCUGCCUUCAACACAAUCGUUACUCGAAUCCAGAGAUUUUGUAACUGCAAUGCACAAACUCCGCCCACAAUGAAAGUGGCAGUCACAGGUGACCAGAGUUACCUGAGCACCAUCCUGCGCUUCUUUGUGGAGCAGCUCGCUAACAAGACCCCAGACUGGCUCAGUUACAUACGCUUCCUGGUCAUCCCCAUUGGUUCUCAUCCCCUGGCCAAAUACGUGGCCUCUUUCGACAGCAAGUUCAACAGCAUCUUUAUGGACACGGCAUGGAGGGAGCUGUUCUGCAGGACGGAACGGCCCGCCUCAGAUAACAUUGAUGUAGCAGGGCGGGUGGUUCAGUACCUGGCCGGUGCCAAUGUUUCCCACCAGUUUCCCAUCUCUGAAGCAAUGCUCACCUACAAACAGAAAAGGAAAAGAAGUUUGUAUUUUGAUUUUUACAUCAGCCCGGAUGAGGACUCCUGUCAGAAAUUUGUGCCAUUUAUUGGGGUUGUCAAAGUUGGUAUUGUGGAGCAAAGCCUUUCAACAUCAGUGGAUUCUGAUGAUGCAAUGGGGGGCAACACAAGCAUUCUGGCGUCCCCCACACCCCCGUCGGCCGGUCCGUACGGGAAGGAGAUUGGGGGAACACCCCCACAGUCGCCCUCUGUGUCCACUGCCCUUUCCGGAGCUGGUUCUCCGUGUUCUGGCAGCGAAGUGAUGGGUUUGCAGGUGGACUAUUGGACGUGGCAAGGCCCUGAGAAGAAAAAAGAGGGCGAGAAACGAGACGUGGGCUUGAAGAACACGUUGAAGAGCAAUUUCCGAUCGCUCCAAGUCAGCCGGCUGCCCAGUGCUGGGGAUAUCAACCCUCCACCCAGUAUGGCCAUGACUGUUGUCACCAAGGAGAAGAACAAAAAAGUUAUUUUUCUCAGCAAGAAGCCGAAGGAGAAAGAGCUGGACUCAAAGAGCCAAGUGAUCGAUGGAAUUAGCAGGUUGAUCUGCACUGCCAAACACCAGCACACGAUGCUGAGAGUCACAAUUGAUGGAGUGGAAUGGAACGAUGUCAAGUUUUUCCAACUUGCUGCCCAGUGGCCAACUCAUGUCAAGCACUUCCCGGUGGGAAUUUUUGGUUACACCAAACCUGUGUGA